AAAAAAGAGAAACCCUAGCGAGCUGAAAAGCUCUGCUACACUCUCUUGCCGCCUGGGAACUCAACGAGAACACUUACCGUACACCCAUGGCGGAAGCUAUCGUUCAGGAACAACACGAAGUGAAGCUCUUCAAUCGAUGGAGCUUUGAGGACGUUCAGGUGAGUGACAUUUCACUUGCGGAUUAUGUCGGGGUUGUACCGGCUAAACAUGCCACUUAUGUUCCCCACACUGCUGGGAGAUACUCAGUGAAAAGGUUCAGGAAGGCCCAGUGCCCAAUUGUGGAGAGGCUUACCAACUCUCUCAUGAUGCACGGCCGCAACAACGGAAAGAAGAUUCUCGCUGUUAGAAUCAUCAAACACGCCAUGGAAAUCAUCCAUUUGCUAACUGACUUGAACCCAAUUCAAGUUAUAGUUGAUGCUGUGGUUAACAGUGGACCUAGGGAAGAUGCCACUCGAAUUGGAUCUGCUGGUGUUGUCAGGCGUCAAGCUGUUGAUAUCUCCCCUCUCCGUCGUGUUAACCAGGCUAUCUAUCUCCUCACCACCGGAGCUCGUGAGUCUGCCUUCAGAAAUGUCAAGACAAUUGCAGAAUGCUUGGCUGACGAGCUCAUUAACGCUGCAAAGGGUUCGUCCAACAGCUAUGCCAUCAAAAAGAAGGAUGAGAUCGAAAGAGUUGCCAAGGCUAACCGUUGAUUUGGGAAAACAGAUUGGAGCAGUAAGAGGAAGGUUUUGUUCAUUGUUCUUUUUAUUAAUUAGAAAGAGUUUGAAGAAUUAGUUGAAUGCUUGAACAUGAAGUUUUGUCACCUUUUGUAAACCUUUUAUUUUCUAAAAAAAAAAAAUUUGAGUAUUCCAUAUUCAUCUCACCUGAGUUGGGGUUGAGAAUAUUACAUGGUUUUCAGCAUUAUGCAUCAUAGUAUCUUUUUAUCCAUUGGAUUUGGAGUAUUGAUUUAAUAUUAUUCCCUGGUGAUGAAAUCUCA